GCUCAGUGCCCACCGCCCGCUGCCCACCUGCAGUGUUCAGUGCUUGCUGCUCCUUCGCCGCCGCUGCCAGAUCUGCCUGCUUGCUGCUCCCUCUCCACAACAUCGUCCGUCCAUUUGGGUUUGGGUUUGGGUCUCCAUUUCCCAAUCCUGCAGCUGCACAGUCUUGUACCCAGGUACUGUGGUCACCUCAACCUCCGUGCCUCCAUUCACCCUCUCCACUUCCAAGUCUCACCUGGGCAUGCCUGUCUUGCCUUCCUGCCUUGUCUCUCGCUUCGCUUGGCUUUGCGCUGCUUCACACCACCACACCCUGGCAAGCCUGGCUCCCACUACCGAGCACUAGGGCAAUCUCUUGUCGACUUUUCCUGAUUCCAUCCGUCCAUUCCAUCUCCGGCCUUUCCACCUUAAUUCUUCCUCCUUCUCCUCCUCCUCCCCCUCCUCCCCUCCUACUCCUGUUACUACGCCUCCCGGCCAUACCCACCCACCCCCUUCUUGCCCUCCUGUCAUACACGCGGUGCUGUUGCUGCUGCUGUUGCUGCUGCCGCAACUCCUUCGCAGGGGGAGUAUCCGUGGACCGAACUCGACGACGCCUUCCCGGCCCUUUGCCCACAGCGAACGGCCCCCGAGCUGCAGGCGUGCCACCGGGGCUUCUCUGCUUGUUGCCCUCUCCGACGAUCCUGAGCUCCACGGGGACGCUGUAGGCCCUUCUCUCCGCCGCUGUUGCUCGGGGCUUGAGCAUCGGAUACGUGCCCUGCACUUUCUGUGCCCCGGCCCACGACCUUGUGCCGCCGCCUGUAUUUUACACAAGCCACGCUGCUACCCUUGACUCGGAUCAACGCUCCACCACCGUCCAUCAAUUUACUGGGAGGAGCCUCUUGGGGGAUGGCCGCAACUGAGAAUCAUUCCACACGUCUUUGAACAUAUUUAUGCUGCUGAAUGGGCCUCAAUUGAUAUCCGACCGUUGAUCUGAUCAACACCCCGUACCCAGAGGAAAGGCUACUCGUUGGAAACGUCCAUUGUUCGGCUUGCAAGCAGUCUUUCGCCGCCAUGUACAGACACUCACGCUCCGGGGCCAUACUCGCCUUGGCCACGGCACUUCUGGCGGUCGCCUCUGCAGACCCGACGUACCAGUUCGAAUACUGUGCCUCCUCAAACACAGGGGACGGGUCUUCCGCUUCUUCGAUAUAUCAGUCACAAGGCCUGUGCUACGGGACGUGUAAAGACGGGGGCUACGCUUUUGCCGUGUUGCAAAGCAGCGACUGUUGGUGCUCGAAUCUUGUCCCCAGCUCCGACGACCAGACCUCGACAAGCAACUGUCAAUCGUCCUGCCCGGGUUAUCCCUCUGACUAUUGUGGGGGUGAUGGCACAUAUGGCUACAUUGCUCUGGGUCCCUCGCCGUCCGGCACAGCUGGAGGCAGCUCGAAGACCACCUUGACGACAUCAAAAACCACAUCUGCCUCAGUGACUACCACCUCCGACAUAUCUUUGCCUUCCACUUCGCUUACCAGUGUCAAGUCUUCCACAACUUCCACGUCUGCGUAUACUACCGAACCCGAGACUACUUCAACGACACCGAAAACGACUAGCGAGAAAACAACCGCAGGAACACCGACAACCAUUACAGCAGUUCAGACGGUGACGAGCGAGGGCAGUGUCAUCAUUCAGACAGUCACGACGGUGUCAACGCCAGUGGCACAAUCGGACAGCUCAGGCCUAGGCAAAGGAGCAGUCGCUGGCUUGACGGUUGGAAUUAUUGCCGCAGUAGCAGCCUUUAUCGCCGGAGCUUUCAUGUUCCGCCGUCACAAGAAAAAGAUGCGUGAGGAGGAGCAGCCGAUGACCGCUGCCUCUAUGGCCCACCGCCGGGGCAGCUCUGCCGGCAUUAUGUCCAAGACGGGCACCAUGUCCAGCGUGGGCUACGGCAUGCCCAUGGACGAGGAGAGCAGCUACAUGUCCCAGAGCAGGAGACUAAGCAUGAAGCCCCUGGAUCCCCGGCUCGACCCAAAGGUCGGGUUAUACCGUACUGCAAGUCACGACAGCUUCAACACGAUUCGAGACGACCAGGAUUAUUCGCGAAGGGUACAUCAGCCCCCGAGGGCAUUCCGCGUCACGAAUCCCGAUCCCGAAGACGAAUGAUCAGGGCGAGAUGUUUCGGUGAUCUAUUUCAUCAUCGGUCACCUUGUCUGGGCUGUUGCGACGUCUCACGACGCAAAUGAUUUUUUUUUGGCGGCCGACUAAAUCGACUUCGAGUCCCAUCACCGGCGUUGUGCAUUUUGGAAAUACCAAGGCGGCGUUUAUUCACUUGGAAAUGUUUGUGCGGGGCGCGCGGGUACACUGGAUAAGGUUGUCACUGGGUUUGGCUGCGUCAUAAAACGGGUUAUUGCAUGCAGUCUGCUCGUUCGGUCCUCCUGGGCAAGUCACGAACAGCAGCUGCCAAUUUUACUACUUCUAGUGUCUACUAUCUCCGGCCGAGGACUGAAUUCGACAGUUUGGUCGGUCACUCUACGAGAACGAAAAGCCGAAUGUGUGUACAGUAAAUCGCGCUCAGAUCGGACCGAUACCACGACGAACAAGAGGUGCAACUUUCCAAGCGUCACGGCCGAGGGCUGGGACUGGUCAGAGAGGGCUUUAAUUCGAAGGGAUUGUAUAUAGGACCAAGCGUGAAUCCAACCACACAAAAAUACUGUGUUGUACGCAAUCUGAUUGUUGACUUGAAUGAAGCUACAUGAAAUGAGGAAUUCGAACAUGUGUCUGAGCACCCUCGACGAUCCCAGCAUGGGCACAAACACUCCUAGGCGGGCUCUUGGAGGCUCUCAUACACCAAAGAGGUAGCCAGGCUGGCUGGCAGCAGGUAGGUAGGAGACGCGCAAUCGAACACGAAAGCAACCAGCCCCUGAACUAGUACGUCCAAGAAGGACGAUCACAAGCAUCCUUUCCGAGGAACAGCCUGCCACAAAACCCCCCGAGGAAGUGAACACGAUAUGCGUGGUGGUGGGGCAGCUGCGCGCUCAGGCGCAGACAGAAAAUUGACGUUUGCGGAAACAGGCGAUCCCAACCACGGGCGAUUGGGCGCGAAGCGGGCUGCCAGGAAGCCCAGAGUCCUCGGCUUACGACCGGCCGGGCAGGGCUGGCAGGGUAGCACACGGGGCGUUGUUGAUCCCACUUUCGCACAGUCGGGGAUAAGCGCGCUAUUGCGGGAAGCUUUUUGAACAAGGUAGGGACAUUUUAUUGCGGCACGCGCCAUGAGAUAGAUCAUGGGGGGCGGAGCCGUGGGUGGCGCCCGUCAGCCGCCAGGCCGAGCCCGAGCCGGGAUGGAGCUUCAAGGCUGGGCCGCGUCCAAGGCUCUG